AGAUCGCUGGUUUCCCAGGAAGGGGAGGAGUUCUUCCUGGCGCGGAUGCCACCGUCGCCACGGCAACGCUGCUUUACUGGGCCCAACGGAUUACGGGGCCUGGGGCUGCAGGCGGCCGCGUGGCCUCGUGGGCAGCGCUAGCAGCAUGGACAGUCUGUACGUGGAGGAGGUGGCCGCCUCCCUGGUCCGGGAGUUUCUUAGCAGAAAGGGUUUGAACAAGACCUUUGUGACCAUGGACCAGGAGCGCCCCCGCUGUGAGCUCAGCAUCAAUAGCAGAAAUGAUCUCCGCAAAGUUCUACAUCUGGAGUUUCUCUACAAGGAGAACAAGGCAAAAGAAAAACCUCUUAAAACAAACCUGGAACUCAUUACCAGAUACUUUCUGGAUCAUUUUGGAAAUACAGACAACAGUGAAAAUCAAGAAGCCUCAAUCCCUGCAAUCCCUGUUCCAAAGAAAAACAACAAAUUGCCUUUGAGAUACCCAGAGACCACACUGGUGAAUAUAUAUGACCUUUCAGACGAAGACAUAGGAAGACGAACAUCAUGGUCAGAAGCAGGCAAAGCCAGGCAUGACAAUCUGGAUGGGGACAUACUUGGUAAUUUCAUAUCUUCCAAAAAAACCCCAUACAAAAGCAAGCCUGCGCACAUGGUCCUGGGUGACAGCCUCCCUUUGGUCCCUGCGUGGGAGAAGGUGGAGCAGCUUCACUCAUCAGAGCCUGGCACAGAUGUGAAGAGGACGGUGGAGAGGACCAGGCCGAAGUCUGGCCUGAUUGUCCGUGGCAUGAUGGCUGGGCCCGUCGCCAGCUCCCCACAGGACUCUUUCCGCAAACGUUCUCUGAGAAGGUCUUCAGCUUUGAGCAGGAAGCUCCAAGCUCCAGAGGAGAGCCAACAGCAGUCUGAGCCUUUUGUCCACGCCCCAGCCUGUCCGGGUCCACAGGAGGUCCCUGGUCCCAGCAGUGACUCUGUCUCCAGGAGCCCUCUGGGUCAGCUGAAUGAACUGUUUAUAGAGAAGCCAAAUGCCACUUCUAGCAGCCAAGGGCUGUCCCAGAGGGACAGACCCAGGCUAAGAAGUAUUUCAGAGGACAGCCCACUGGGGUACAGCCACACAGAUGGGAAUUCCAUGAUGCCCCAGGAACGGCUGGAAAGAGCAUUCAAGCGUCAGGGCGGCCAGCCCCCAUCUCUCAGGAAAAAUCAGCUGGUGUCUGACAGGACGGGUGAUAAGGCAGAUGCCCUGCAGCUAGAGGAUGUUGAGGAUGAACUGAUAAAAGAAGACAUUGUCUUGUGUCCACCUCCUUCAAUGCUCAAACUUCAUACUUUGUCAAAGCCAAUUGACCUCUCACUGGCUAAGGAGAUAAAGACCCUUCUGUUCGGCUCUACCUUUUGCUGCUUCAGUGAAGAAUGGAAACUUCAGAACUUUUCCUUCAAUGAUAUUGCUUCGUUAAAAUACGGCAUUGUGCAGAACAAGGGUGGUCCCUGUGGAGUUCUGGCAGUUGUUCAAGGCUGUGUGCUUCAGAAACUCCUGUUUGAAGGAGAUAACAGAACCAACUCUAAUCUCCGGCUGCAGCCCUCAGACGCCCAGAGGACUCGCUGCCUUGCCCUGGCCAUUGCCGACAUCCUGUGGCGAGCUGGAGGCAAAGAACAAGCCGUGGUAGCACUGGCUUCAGGAACACCGCACUUCAGUCCAACAGGGAAAUACAAAGCAGACGGAGUCUUAGAAACACUCACACUGUAUAGCUUGACCAGCUCUGAGGACCUGGUGACUUUUCUCCAGCAGAGCGUUCAUCAGUUCGAAGCUGGACCCUACGGUUGCAUCCUGCUUACCUUGUCUGCCAUCCUGUCCAGGUCCCUGGAGCUUGUCCGCCAGGACUUCGAUGUCCCCACCAGCCACCUCAUUGGAGCUCACGGAUACUGCACACAGGAACUUGUCAAUCUUCUCCUGACUGGGAGAGCCGUGUCUAAUGUUUUCAAUGAUGUAGUGGAGCUAGACUCAGGCGAUGGGAAUAUCAUGCUCCUCCGAGGCAUCGACGCACGCAAUGACAUUGGUUUCUUAUCUCUCUUUGAACACUACGAUGUGUGCCAGGUUGGCUGUUUCCUAAAGACACCAAGGUUCCCCAUCUGGGUGGUCUGCAGUGAGAGCCACUUCAGCAUCCUCUUCAGCCUACAGCCAGAGCUCUUGUGCGACUGGAGGUGUGAGCGGCUCUUUGACCUGUAUUACUAUGAUGGCUUGGCCAACCAGCAGGAGGAGAUACGGCUGACUGUUGAUACCACCAAGACCGCCUCAGAGGACGGCUGCAGUGAUCUUGUCCCUCCUCUUGAACUCUGUAUCAGAACCAAGUGGAAGGGGGCAUCUGUGAACUGGAAUGGCUCAGACCCCAUCCUGUGACCCUUGGAUACAUGGAGUUCUAUGGCUUCAGCACUCAUCACUGGGAUGACCCCGGGACCCCAGGUCAAGCCUCUUAGAGGAGUCACCCUGCCUGAGUUUGCAUGUCCACAGAGGCAUGUGGAGUCUUCCAGUUCCUUCCAUGAAGGGCCGUGGUAGAGUCCUGUGCACCGCUGAGGUUCCCUCUUGGCCCAGCUGUGACUGCCAAAGGACAGGAAGGAGGCCAGCAGAGACUGCUGCCUUUCAUUUGCGUCCUUCCUGGAUAGCUUGCUUUCCAUGGCCUCUCUCUGGCGUUGGUGGCCUUGGGGACUCUGGAGCCUUGUUACUGCAGCUUCCAUAAAGCAACAGUCAAGCCUGUGACCAGGGCAAAGACUUUGUGGUUCAUUGGUGUGAGUGAAACAUGGGUCUGCUCUCAUCAUGGCUGAGAUGGAACAGGGAGGUGGAGGCCCAGGAUCCCAGCAUACAAAGUAUCUCCUAGCCAAGAUGUGAGGCCAAGCCCAGCCCUUUGUCCCAGAGAUGCCCUUGUCUGGGUGGAGCAGCACAGUCUAAGAUACAAGCUACCAAGAGCAGCCAAAGGUCUGGAGAGCCCAAUUCAGGGAAGACCUGGUUGUCUUGUGAGGCCACAUGAGGAUGGGUGGGCCUAAAAAGAAGAUGGGAUGGGCAGGGGUAGAAAGCUACCCAAGGAUUGACUUCUUGCCCAGGUGAGCAAAAAAGAUAGGGACAGGCAGAGGGAUCAACUUCCCUGUGACUGUGGGGAAAACUGACUGUCAUCAUGAGUGGGCAGGGCUUUGGAAGUACUCACAUUGCAGAAUAAGGAGAGAGGUUGGAUGGGAAAAUGGUAUGUUCUGAGUUUCACUUACCGCAUGGCAUACAUCCUCUGGCUUUCAUCAGGGAAUGUGAUAAAGCAGCAAUGGGUAGCUAGGGAAGAACUCCUGGAGGUACUGGAUGGUUCAGAGCCAGAGUCCAGGGCUGCUUGCAGCAGUUCUCAAGAGGUACCUUGGGAUAAAGCUCCAGACCUCAGAGUUCUGUCAUACCCAGGUAGAAACUAGGACCAAAAUAAUGGUAGAGCUUGCAGGUGCUUCCACCCCUAGCCUGGCAGCCCAUCUUUGGCCUCCAUGUGUCCCCAUGGGGUUUAGGAGCCUAGCUGCUCUAGGCUAUGUCCUCUGCAGUAAGAAGUCCCCUUGCUGUUAGAAGAAACCCCUCCUCUAAGGAGUUAGGGAUUUGGUGGGGACAACUACAGAGCUUGUCUUGUGUUCCUGUGGGUAGGGCACACACUGUGUCCCAACUGCAGACCUUUGGAGAGGCAGGGAGGAGUCAACCCUGCCAUAGGAGAAGCAGAGGGCGGGGAGGGCUGUGUCCUGCACCAGGCUCCCAUGGGGCUUGCUGUGUAAACUUUUGUGGCCAUUCACAGCAGGUUCCCAGUAGAAAUGCUUCCUAUAUCUCCUUGAAAUGUUUAUGCAUUUGUUUUCCUUGGCCACAGAUGGGCAGCUGCAGAGUGCCUGGCGGAGGAAGUUGGUUUCCCUGCAAUGGCCUUGUUUAUCGGCCUGGGGAGGAAAAGUAUCUUUUCAAUGAAACCCACUUAGUCUCCUUGCCAGGGGCUCUUUGGCAGGGCUAGAGAAAACAAACAAUUCCCAGCAUUACUGCAGAAGGUUGACCCAACAAAGCACAGAGCUUGCUCUUCUAGGAGUCCAGAUGCAGACACACAAGCACUCUGCCGUGGAGUGGAAGGUGGGCAGAGCUGGGUACAGCCACUCCCAGGCUUGAAGCCUUAACAUUCUCAGUAACAACACUCUCAGGGCCAUAGGACCAAAGCACCCCAUCAUAAGUGGGCAUUGAACUCUAGGGGUGCAGUGGUAGGCAUGUGUGGCUCCCAGCCCUCUUCCGAGCUGUAUUAAAGUCAUUAAUGCUCACAUGUGUGCUAAGGGUCAGCAGUUUUCUGUCUCUGUUGCUCUGAGUGGAGACAAAUUCCUAAACAAGCCAGCUAGUCUUUCCCUACUGACUUUGCUGUCUCUUAAGUGUUUGCUCCUUGAUCUAGAGAGGGACAAACAGGCCAUGACUGUUGACUUCUGACAUAUUGAAGAGUGUGUGGGACCAGUGUUAUGGCCACCUAACUCCAAACUCUCAUGAGGAAACCCGCCCCCCUUUGGGAUGCUCAUUUGAACUGGGUGCUAUGGCAGCCUGUUUUCACUUUCCAGCCUUGCUCCAGGAGUCCCCCAGAUCCUGCAUUGUCCCUGGCUCUUCCACAGAAGAGGGUCAGCCACAGUUGUUGUUUUUACUUUUUAUUGAUUCUUUGUGAGUUUACCAUCAUUUACCUCAGUCCUGCUCAUCUCCUCAUAUUCAUCAUUUGCCCUUGCAACCUCCCCAGCAAAAUAAAAAACACAAAAAAACCCAACUCCCCACCAAGAAAACAAAGCAGAGAAAACAUCCCAUUGUAGAAGCUACAGCAUGCCACAGUGUGUCCCAUAGUAUACGCUUUUGUCCACAUGUCUUUACUGGUAAAUGUUAAUUGCAAUGAGUCAUUAGUCUGGUUCGAGGUCGUCUGGGCACUAUCAGUAUUGGAUCCUCGUUGGACCUUCAUCCUGUUAUCCUGCUGUUGCCCUGUGCCAGGGAGAUUCUGCCUCUUCAGAGCAGCAGGACUGGCCCUUUUAUUUGUCCCAGCUGCUCACAGAUGAUGUAGAACCUGAUGGAUCUGGGCCUGAAUGGUAGCCGAGCUGGUCAGUAUAGCGGCUUUCCCUUACCUGCAAUACCAGGGUGAUCUCUCCAGCACUGCUCUGGCUAAGCACCCCCAAUGCGGCCAUGAGCAGGAAGCAAGGUUAGCUUUCUUGCUCUCAUGCCUUGGGGCUGGCUCAUGUGCACCUAUACCUCCAGAGCCAGCUCCAUUGUGCUGCUCAGUCAAGCUUCAUGGCCCACUCUCCCAAGUGCUGCAGCCUGAAAGGGACAGGGACAGCUCCCUUGUUCUCAUGACCCCUCCCUCACCCCUGGGGCCAGUUCUUUUACUGCUGCAGGUGGUGGGCGAUGAAGGGGUUAGGGCAUUACCCCUGCACCCACUCCACCUCACAGCAGACCAGUGGCAGGCCAACUGCCCCUCUCACAGCCCGCUCUCUUGGUGCCAACUCACCCACACCCCUGGUCAGCUCUGCUGUACUAUCCAGUCGAGGUGCAGGGCUUACUCUCCUGAGUGCUGCAGUUCGUGAGGGACUGGGCUAGCUCCCCUGUGCUCAGUUUCCCCAACUACUAGAGGUGAGAAGUAGGGGGAAAUCACCUCUUCCAUACCCCAGCCACCAGGGCCCAGCUCCAUUGUGCUGUCUGGGUGAGGUGCAGAGCCCUUUCACUAUCAGUGAUAGAUGGGGCCAGCUCUCCAGAAUGCCACAGCCAGUUCUGCACAGCCCCUGGACGUCCCAAGGUCCCCAGUGGCUGUCCCUACCAGGGAUGUUCCCACGUUCUCUAGUGGUAAUAUGAGCCAUGGGCACCAACACUGACCCCUGUCUCUGCAUAACCACAGAAGCAGACACAGCCCUGGACCUCCCUAUGGCUCUGGGCUGGUCACUCACAACAGGUUGCUCCUCUCCACCUUCCAUCUCCAUGCCCAUCUCUCUUCAUUAUGCACACUGUGGUGGCUCUUGCAUCUAACCACCACAUACUUGCACACUGUGGUGAGUCCUGCUGCCAUCUGACCAUGCGCCUGGCAGGGCCCUGGGGGACAUUCACCAUCAGCAUUGUGUGGUAUGGUAGCAAACAGGUACCCGUGCUGUGCUCCAGAGGGCAGGAGCUAGACACUUCUUACCUGUAUACUGCAGCCAUUCUAGAGGCUGCUGUUUGUCACCACUGGGCACACAGGUAGUUCUGGCUUCUUCAUUUCUCAGGAUGUCUUAUGCUGGAGAGUCUUCCCUGCCUACUUAGGGCGGGCCAGUUCUUCAGUGAGGACAACCUCUCCCCCAUUCUUUGAGUGAGACACCAAAUCUUUUCUCCAUAGAAUCCAUUCGAGGGCCAUCCGAAGCCCCAUGUGCCCUUACGUGUACACACUGAAUCAGCUCUUGCUGUGUGCUCAGUGCCUCGGCUUUUGCCGUAACUCUUUCCAGGUGACUCAGCUGCCAUUCCUUCCAUUACAAGUGGGCAUUGUCCAUUUGGACACAUUCUUUUUUUCAAGACAAGAGUUUCUCUGUUUAGCUCUGGCUGAUCUGGAACUUACUCUGUAGAUCAGGCUGGCCUCAGACUCAAAGAGAUCUACCUGGCUCUGCCUUCCGAGUGCUGGGAUUCAAGGUGUGUGCCAUCUCCACCUGUCUGGGUGCAUUGUUUUUCUAGGGAUGAAGUAAGUGGGUAGGCUUUUGUGGCCCAUGGCCUUUUCCCAACCUGUAUUAAAAUUGUAAAUGCUCACAUACACGUGUCUUAAGGAUUUGCAGUUCUCUUUCAGUUGAUCUACUUGGAGAUGUACUCUGCAGUGCACUGCAAGCUUUUAAGAAAUUGUCCUGGGGACUGUCUUAUUUGGCUUUAGGAGAAAAGACAUGGCUCUUUCUGUCCUCGCAUCUGAUGCCACUAUAUAAGGCACCCUUGCUAACUGUAGGACCCAGAUUACUGUAUGGCUGGGGGUAGGGAUGGCCAGCUUUGGAAGACACUGUCUCUGUUCCCUUAGGGUGCCACACAAAGCAGUUUCCAGAACAGCAGGAUUCCUAGCAGUCAGAACUAGGCCAGGGCAUGGAGAUGCCCAAAGGUAAGGGUGCAUUCAGACUUUGUCUGAUUAUCUCCAGUGUGUCUGUGUCACAGGGAUGGCACCAGCUCUGACCAAGGGACAGCAGGGCCUCCAGCCUGCUGAGAGUAAAGAGACCUACUCACGGUAUGCACUCAGUUCUGCUAAGCAGACGGCAGACCUUCCCUGGUUCUGGAUGCUAGCCACCCACUACUCAGGGUGGCCCUCAGAGCAUCAGCUUGCUUGCAGUUUCUCAUUCAAGCUCCAUCCUAGCCCCACCCAACCAGAAUCUGCCUUUUAAAGUGGUUUAGUUUUAGUCUGAAAUGCUCCAGUAGAGAGCUUGUGGUUUUCAUGAAGUCUAGAGGGACACACAGCAAACUUAACUUGCAGGUCUGAGAGGAAGACGCUAUCCCGGUGUCCACCUGACCCAUAUGUGGCCCAAAGUGCUUGCUGAGCUUUUGUGUCUUGUGUGUGAAGCUGCAGCCUUAGCGGCGUUCUAAGAUAAAGUGAGAUCACACACAGAAGCACUUAGGCCAGGCACAUUGUAGGGGCUCAAUAGACCAUGCCUGCCAGUCUCGCCAAUAGACAGACAAAGAAGAAACUUCUCCAAGCGUCUACCCUGGGCCUUAAAGCACACGUGAAUAAUUGAUCAUUCCAGACUGAAGGAUAGUGUGAGCAGACAGACAUGGCAGUCACAGUGUCUGCCUCAUCCUGGAAGAAUAGACUAUGUUUUCAGAGGACCAUUGUUGGGAGCCAAAAGAAGAUGAAGACCCCACAUAGGCCAGAGUGGGCCACUUUUCCCUAAAAAGGGGAUUUGCUCAGAGUUCUAUCAGGUGAGGGGAGAAGCAGGCUGAUGGUGGGAGGACGGCAUAGGUAAGGAACACAUGCAUGGGUAAGGUGGUGCAGGGCCCUAACAUGGCCACCAAACCCUCAAAGGAUCCUCAAAGUUACAGGAGGCAAUCAAAUUAGGCUGCCAAAUCUCUUGGCAGGCAUUUGGCUGCACCCACCAGAGUUCUCCCUCUUCCCUAACCAUGCACUAAUCCUCAUGGGGCUGUGAGAGGUGUGA